GGAGGCAUUAUUUCUACUUCUUUUGCAUCAAAAAAGUAGAAGUGUCAUAGACUCAUCGUGUAGUUUUUGAUAGGGAAAAAAGAUGGGGUUGGGUAUUCGUGCUUUGAUCAUGGUGUCCAUUACCAUGUGUACUCUCACGUCAGUGGCAAAUGCUGCAGAGGGGACUGCUACUUUCUACACCCCUCCUUAUGUCCCCUCUUCGUGCUAUGGAUUUCAAAACAAUGGUGUCAUGAUAGCUGCGGCAAGCGAUGCAAUAUGGGGGAAUCGAGCAGCUUGUGGGAGAAAUUAUAGAGUCAGAUGCAUCGGAGCAACAAAUCAGGGUGUACCACAACCUUGCAAGGGUACGAGCGUUGUGGUUAAAAUCGUCGAUUAUUGUCCACCAGGAUGUCAGGGAACCAUCGAUCUCUCUCAAGAAGCUUUCUCUGCAAUAGCUAAUCCUGAUGCCGGAAAAAUCAGAAUUGAAUAUACUCAGGUUUGAAGAUGUAUAGAUCAGUAUUAUGGCCUCCUAAUAACGAGUUUAUAUAUGAUAGUAUUGAAAUAAGCUGCAUGCAGCUAGCUCGAUCGUGAUGGAGUACUUCUUUGUUUCAAGCGUACGUGACAAGUUAUAUAUAUAUAUAUAUAUAUAUGGUAACAUUAAUGAAAUAAGCAACACGUCGAAACUUGUAUGUAUCAAAUAUGAUGCCAAGUUGAUGUUGAAAUAUGCAUAUGUAUGUAAGCUUCAAUGCAAAA